UCUUCUCUUGUCCGGUUCGUGUCCGGUUUCUUUUCUUUGCCCUGCAAACACAGACGCGCUUUAUGAAGUGCGUGUGCACGGGGACGCGCUGGAUGAAACUCCGCGCGGGCACAGCAUGUCUGGGUACAGAAAGUUUACCUAAUUUAAGGAUACCACCACCAAUAAAUGUGGAUCAGCAACAUUUUACACGUAAUGACGUCUCUUGACGCACCCUCCUGAUGAAUGAAGGGCAGAUGUGGCGCAUACGCAAGCGUUACGCACGCCCCGCCCUCUACCUGCGGGAUCCGCCCACUUACAGUGAGACGCACCUGGAUCAAGCGACACGGAAGUCCGGCUGAGAUUAUUCAACACUAAACGCCGCCGUGGAUCUCACUCGCAAACUUUGUGACACUCGCUGUGAAGUUCAACACAUUUGUCAAGAUGUUUUAUGAAUAUAUUCUGAAUCUCUGACGGUUUGACAGCCGGCGCAGGGUGUGUGCCAGGUGAAGUUUUGUUUCAUACUCUCUGAACGGCAGCCUCCAUUCAGCCCUGCCACAAAAAAAUGACAUUUCUCCGCCGGGUUCUGCGCAGACGACUGCGCCCAUGGAAUCUCGCCGCCAUUGCGCUGGUGUUUGUGACAUUUCUGUUUCUGAUGCAGAGAGAUGUGGUCACUCAGAACUCUCAAAAUGAGCCCUGGCUCAAGGACAUCGUGGUGAAACGGGACGCCGUCUUGGGGAUGGUGAUGGGAGCCGUGAAUAACUUUCGGGACGCCAUGCCAAAGAUGCAGAUCAAAGCUCCCGUGAGACAGCAGCAGGGAAACGAUGGAAGUCCGGCAUGUUUAGCCGGAUACUACACGGCCGCCGAGCUCCGGCCGGCUUUGGAAAGACCCCCGCAGAACCCCAGUCAACCGGGGGCUUCUGGGAAACCUUUUCACACUGACAAUCUGAGUCCAGAGGAGCAGAAGGAGAAGGAGAGAGGAGAUGUGAAGCAUUGCUUUAACUUGUAUGCCAGUGAUCGGAUCUCGCUCAGCAGAGACCUUGGACCUGAUACCAGACCUCCUGAAUGCAUAGAGCAGACGUUUAAACGCUGUCCAGCUUUGCCGACCACAAGCGUGAUCAUUGUCUUCCAUAAUGAAGGAUGGAGCACUUUACUGCGUACUGUCUACAGCGUCCUGCACACUUCUCCUGCCAUUCUUCUCAAGGAGAUCAUCCUCGUGGAUGACGCCAGCUCUGACGAUCGACUGAGGAACGAACUGGACGAAUACCUGAAACAGUUACACAUUGUCCGCGUGGUCCGUCAGCUUGAAAGGAAAGGUCUGAUCACGGCUCGACUGCUCGGGGCUUCGGUGGCUACAGGAGACACUCUCACCUUCUUGGAUGCCCACUGCGAGUGCUUUCAAGGAUGGCUGGAGCCUCUGCUGGCUCGGAUAGCAGAGAACUACACGGCCGUGGUGAGUCCAGACAUCACCACCAUAGACCUCAACACAUUUGAGUUCAUAAAGCCUUCACCGUAUGGUCAGAAUCACAACCGAGGGAAUUUCGACUGGGCCCUGUCCUUCGGCUGGGAGACCCUUCCGGCUCAUGAGAAACAGAGACGAAAAGAUGAGACGUAUCCGAUUAGGACUCCAACGUUUGCAGGCGGGUUGUUUUCUAUUUCCAGAGAUUAUUUUUAUGAGAUCGGAAGCUACGAUGAGCAAAUGGAGAUUUGGGGAGGAGAAAAUAUUGAAAUGUCCUUUAGGGUGUGGCAAUGCGGCGGGCAGCUGGAAAUCCUGCCCUGUUCUGUUGUCGGUCACGUGUUUCGUACAAAGAGUCCACACACCUUCCCUAAAGGCACACAGGUGAUCGCUCGCAACCAGGUGCGACUGGCAGAGGUGUGGAUGGACGAUUAUAAAGAAAUCUUCUACAGGAGAAACCAGCAGGCUGCACAGAUCGCCAAAGAGCACUCAUAUGGAGACAUCUCCAAGCGUGUGGAUCUCAAAGAAAAGCUUCAAUGUAAAAGUUUUUCCUGGUUUUUGAAAAACGUCUAUCCGGAGGUCUUUCUGCCUGAUCUCAAUCCAGUGAAGUUUGGUUCGAUAAAGAGCAUUGGUAAAGAUGCCUGUUUGGACGCUGGUGAAAAUAAUGAGGGAGGAAAAACUCUCAUCAUGUAUCCCUGCCAUGGAAUGGGAGGAAACCAGUACUUUGAGUAUUCGACCCAUCAUGAGAUCAGACACAAUAUACAGAAGGAACUCUGCCUGCACGCGGCCGACGGAGCCGUCAAAUUAGAGGACUGCCAGUAUAAAGGACACGACACGCAGACCGGAUCACAACAGAAAUGGGAAUUAAGAAAGGAUCAGCUGUUCUUUAACAAGGGCUCCAAAAAGUGCCUGACGUCUCAUCAUCAAAACCCUUCUCUCGUGACCUGCGAUCCAUCUGACAGAUACCAGCAGUGGGUCUUCAUUUAAACAGACCACACGCACACACGCAGGGUCCAAAAUUAACUUUUUAUUCAAUUAUAGUGAAUCUGUCAUAAAUAUUGAUUUUAUUUGUAAAAAAUUAUUGUGAAACGUCAACCAAAUUAUUUUUUUGAUUUAUUUUGGUGUCUUGACAAAAAUAUAUUUUAGGUACAGUUUGUGUCUCCACAUGGAGUUUUGGAGAAAAGAUUUAUAUAACCCAUAUGGAUAAAGAUGUGAUGCUAAAAUAUCUACUGCGAGAAUUUGUUAGAUGCACAAUUGUUUUUAGCAGAAGCAGACACUAAAGUUUGAUGUGCACGCCUUGUUGCAUUUUUUUAUUUGAGGGAAGCUAACUCAUGAGUAGUUUUUGCCAUAAAAUUUUAGGUGUUAAUUUUGGACCCUGCACAUACACUACACUACGUACUACAGACACCCAACAGUUUUCUAUCUGACAGAGAUAGGAUUUUAAUUUAUCUUAUACAUGGAAACUACUGCCGCUGGAAAGGUGGAAAAUCUCCAAAGCACAAACAUUCCUCUAUGCCAGUGCCAAGGCGUCUUCUGGGUGGGCACUCAGAAAAGUGCAGUAAAGUGAAGUUAUUCUUUCUUCUAGUCUUUCUUUCAUCCUCUUCAUUCAUUUGAUUUUAAAGUCUGCUAUUGUAUAACAUUUAAUACUGGACUGUAAUCUCGCUCUGUCCACACCGCUGCUCAAUGUCAACUGCGUUUCUGAACGUAAAAAGCAGAUAAUGGAUGUCUAACAAAAACAGAGGCCUUAUAUUUAAACCGUCAUGUCACGCAACAUGAAAAAAUUUUACUGCACCAAAGACUUCAUAAAAAAGUAUUGAUAUUUCCUCUUCAAAAGUGGAUUUUGCGUAGGGAUGUGAGACGGGUCGUGUCUGUUAUGCAGUACACUGUGCACUGAAAAAAAUGAUUCAUUGAAUUUAAUCAAUUUUUUUAAGGUAAGUGGUUGCAAUCAAUUUAUUUAAGCUACAUUUAAACAAAAGUUUUAUAUUUUAUUUUACGUUACUAAUCUUUUUUGUUUAAAUGUAGCUUAAAUAAAUUGAUUGCAACCACUUACCUUAAAAAAAUUGAUUAAAUUCAAUGAAUCAUUUUUUUUCAGUGUGGAUAAAAGGUGCUUCACAAUGCCAUAGAAAAAUCAUGGUUCCAUAAAGAACGUUUAACAUCUGAAGAACCUUUCAGUGUCAGGUUCUUUAUAAUGAUUAUAAAAAUAGAUUAUAAAAAGUUAUGAAAGAAGUGAGUUACCUUUGACUGAAUUGAAGGCUGUAAACACACAUUGGGGGGACCAAAACAUUCAGGGCUAUAUGUGUGUAUAUUAAAACAUCAAAUAUUAGGGGGGACAAUUUAGACGUUUCUGAUUAUUAAGGGGGUCUGCUGGGGUCUCUCUUUUGGGAACCAAUAUGGUUCUUCUACACUGUAAAAUAUUUAUGCAGCUGUUUGCAAGUAACUUACUGUAGAUUUAAAUUUAUGUUUAACAGUUUGUUCAAUGUGAAUUAAACAUUAACAAGUUUUUAUCUUUAAUUAAACUAUAAAAUAACAGCAUCAUGUAAAGCAUUUUGGGAACCAAAAUCCUCAUCAAACUUUUUUUUGGUUCCCAAAAUGCAUUGUUAUUUAAGAUUUAUUCUAUAAGGAUAAAGUCUUAUCAAUGUUUAUUUAACUUUGAAAAAACUGUUGAAAGUCACUGGCAAACAGCUGGCAGUAAUACUGUAAUUUCUACAGAAAUUUUUAACAGUGUUUGACAUUGCUAGCAUCUUCAUUUUCAAGUUUGUAUUUUCACAACUGUAUUAAAAAAAAUGAGGUGUCAUUUAACCUCCUAAGACCCAAGCUUUGGUUUGGCUUGCAUUUAAGAUUUCUUCCAGCUAUUUGGAGUUAGGAAGAACCAAUAAAUAUAAUAACUAAAUAUUUUCUUUGAACAUGUACAGGCUCCAGUUACACAGAAUUAAGUAUUAUAGUGCAAACAACAAAAAAUGUGAUGUCCACAACCUAUGUGGACACACCAGGUCUUAGGAGGUUAAGGAAGUGUAUAAAAUAUGCUGUAAGUAAAAAAUUUUAUUUUAUAAAGAUAAUUGAUAAAUUCAUACAGAUUAUUGUAAUUUUAUUCAAAUGGGUGAAAUUUUGACCAAGGGGUACAUUUUGAUAAUUUUCCCUUUUAACUUAAUUUUAAUUCUUGAAAAAAAAUCCAAUAUUUUAGGAUAUAACAUAUAAUAUGUGAUCAAAAUCGUAAAGAACGAUCUUUUUCUUAAACAGAUUUUUUGUUUAUGCUUUAGGUUUUAAUUAUGGGAUUUUUUUUGCAUUGUGUUUUGUUUAUUUUUUUUUUUAAACUUAGUGGUGUUAAGAAUAUUUAACAAGAUAAGAAUGAUUAAUGUGGUCAUGAUCUGUGACAGCAAUGCAGACUUACAAAAUCACGAAAUUGCAGAAGGGGGCGCUAUUACACAAAAAUAUGUGUUCAGAUUAUUAAUGCAAUACAGAUCUGCAAAGUAGCAGAUGAAAUAUGUAAUUCCUUUCAAAUUUGCAAACAAAUGUUUACAUCUGUCAGAAACCACUGUUACUUAAUAUUUUCAUGAAUUUAUGUAGAUUAUAUUUUGGGUUAUUUUUUUGUAAAACUUGUUUAAUUUUUGUAAGAAAGUGUUGAAGGGUUGUGCAUAAAAUUGGAGACGUGUUAUUUAUUUUUA